CUUCUUCCCCUUCCACUGCUUCUCUUUGUUUACAAUCCUCUGGCCGCAUCCAUAUGCUUCGUUGCCGACCAGAAGCGUGACCAAUCAACAUCCACAGCUACGAAUCAACUACCCUAACUCACCCAGUCCGCUCCCUCCUUCUCCCGGCAGGCAUGGCCAUAUAUUUGUCCCCCGACCAAUUCGCAGGCGGCGAGGCAGAGUAUUGUCAAGAACCAGUUGGUCUCAAUAACUCGAGUUGUUGGGAGAAGGUUCUGCUGGAUCUUAUACCACUUUCUAACACGCCCCCUCAAACGAAAGCCAACCAUGGGCUUGAAGUUUGCACAGGCCCACCAUAUCUUGUGCUUUAAUCAACUGUUAAUAUUGGGGGUCGUGGAGAUUCGAACACACGACCAUUUGGCCAAACCAGCUCUGAUACCAUGUCAAGGAUUAGUUGGUCCCAAUAACUCGAGUUGUUGGGAGAAGGUUCUGCUGGAUCUUAUACCACUCUCUAACAAGUAUCACAUCGACUCGUGUAGAGGUGGAGAAAAACCCUCACCCCGCCGCACCAAUUCCACCACUCCAUUUCAUCCCGAAGGAAUCAAUGGCGGUGAGGUCGUGGAGAUGGAGUGCCAUCCCGGCGGCCCCGCAGCUGGUGCCUAGCUCGAUGGCUCUGCUGUGCUUAGAGCGGAAGGUAGAAGGGAUUUCUUCGAUAUGGAAACUUGAGAAAGAAAGGUGACGAUUUUGCGGCGGAAGGUAGAAGGGAUUUGUUGGGAGAGAAAUUGAUUAGGCAAGAAACAGGGAUGGAGGAGGCACCUGGAGAUUUGGUUUUGGAGGAGUAAGGGUUUGGGGCGGUGGGAUUUUUUUAGCAAAGGGGGAUUUUUUGGCAGGCGGGGGUAGCCGGUAGUUAUGAGAUUUUUAUUAAAAAAACAUUAAGUAAUGAAUUUUUUUUAAUUAAAAUGUGACGUGGCAUCCAGGUGGUAUUGUGUGUCUUGUUGGAGCUAACAUGUGAGCUGAUUUGGCAUCCACCUCAACAUAACGUUCACGUUACGGACGAAGUCACUAACGGUGUUAAAGAUUUUAACGGAAAUGGCUAAAUCUGUCCAACUAUUUUUCAAAAUGUGGCUAUAUUUGGAUAUUUUUCAAAAUGUGGUUAUUAUUGUCACAAAGUGCAAAGUUAUGGCUAUACAAGUGUAUUUUGCCAUUUUAUUGUCAAUAUCUGUAGUUUCAUGAAAUUUUUUCAUGAUUCUUUAUUCGUAGCAGGCUUUCAGCUCAGCUACCCCAACAACAAAAGAAAAUAAAAGCCCAAGCUAUCUACUUUGAAGCCCAUGGACCGAUUCUUUUCCGCCUGUAAUCACAAUUUACCGGUCCCCCCUUGGAAUUUUCUAGAUUCCUUGCAGGUGACGGAAAAGGAAAACGGGUCGUCCUAUACCUCGCCGGGAACAGUCAACAGUCAGUCCACCGGCGAACCCUUAUAUAUAUCAGUACCCCACAACGGCAAGCCUCCCAGGCUUCGUCUCCAACCCUAAUUGCAACAAAAUCGGCACAGUCAGAGCUCCCAUUUGGAGUCGGCGGCCUUUCCCUUCCACCCGGAUAUAUCGAUCAUGGCCAUCGGCGAUGACAUUGGGAGCAGCGCUUCUUCCGAUCUAGGUUUUCUGCGAGCGAGACCAGGCUAAGGGGAAAACAAGGGGAUUACUCCGCCGCCACCGCCGCCGCAAGAAUGAGGAUCACGGGAACAGCGCCAGGGGUCCGAUUCGAGCCCGAGGACGACCAGAUCAUCACUUAUCUCCUCGAUAAGGUAACGGGCAAGGAUUUGUCCCAAAAUCCGGUGAUCGAUUGCGACCUGUACGGCGAAGAUGAAGCUUGGAAGGAGCUGUUCGUUGAAACCGGGGAAUCUGAAUUGUAUUUCUUCACCAGAUUGAGGAAGGUAAAGACGAAGAAGGGGGAAAUGGGCGGCGGUGGAGGUAGGGCAGAGAGGACGAUUGGCCCCAAGGCCACGUGGCGGUCGAGCAAGGACGACCCCAUUUUUCUCCCCGGCGGGAGCGUCCAGAUCGGGUUGAAGCGGGCUUUUACUUACCGUCCCAACCAGAGUUCUGCGGCGGCGAGGAAGAAGGAAACCGGAGAUGGGUUCUCGAUGACAGAGUACCGCCUCGACGGCGUCUUCAACAGCGUCGCCACGGAUCUUGUGAUGUGCUCGGUGAGAAGGAAAGAAGGCAGAGCAUCCUCCUCUGAGAUCGAGAUCAACGAUGCUGCUGUGACGAUGGCGUGGUGUUUGCGGCCUUGCAGAUCGAUUAUGGCUCAGCCGAUGAUGGGAGGAAGGGUGUUUUCGUGUUAGUGAUGGUACGAGCUUUGCCUGCUGCUAUUGAUGAUACCUCUCGGUAUCAGUUGGAACAGAAGGCAGAGAGAGAGGCAUUCAUGGCUAUACCGGAUUAACCAUUAUCACUGUGGAAUGCAAGUUAGUUUAUCUUAUUAAUGUCGC